UCCUUUGUGCAAGCUGUUUUUUUUAAAUAAGUGGUCAGCCAUCUUGAGAAACGUCAGUCGAUGUGUAUGCCGAUGUUAAAUCGUUGUGCAUCGGGAAGUGCGCUCGCUGCGAGGACGGUGAAUGCUGCCCACUUGAGUCUACGGUACAUGCGCUUUAAUACCGGCCUUCUACCAUAGUUGCGGCGCACAGGAGGAGAACACUAUGUCCACUGUAGCAGAGAACUCGGGGAACCAUUCCCCGGAGAAGACUGUAAACCACACCAACAACAUUAGGGAUGUCGACGAAGGUGGCUGGAAAUCUAAGCUCGUCAUACCUCCACGUGAUCUAAGGAAGAGAACAUCUGAUGUCACAGACACAAAGGGCAAUGAAUUCGAGGACUUUUGUCUAAAGCGAGAGCUGCUCAUGGGCAUCUUUGAGAAAGGCUGGGAAAAGCCCUCUCCCAUCCAGGAAGCCAGCAUCCCCAUCGCGCUCCUGGGGAGAGACAUUCUGGCUCGGGCCAAGAAUGGCACCGGCAAGACGGGUGCAUACAUCAUUCCCAUGCUCCAACGAAUAGACGUCACGAAGGACCACAUCCAAGCUAUGGCCAUUGUCCCAACUCGAGAGCUGGCCCUCCAAACCAGUCAAAUCUGCAUUGAGCUGUCGAAGCACCUAAAGGCCCGGGUCAUGGUUACAACUGGCGGCACCAACCUGAAGGAUGACAUCAUGCGCAUCUACGAGAACGUUCACGUGAUCAUCGCAACACCUGGCCGCAUUUUGGAUCUCAUGGAAAAGAGAGUUGCGCAAAUGGACAAGUGCAACAUGCUCAUUUUGGAUGAGGCAGACAAGCUGCUCUCCCAGGACUUCAAGGGCUUGCUGGACAAGGUGAUCAGUUACCUGCCCUCGGACAGGCAGAUUCUUCUCUACUCUGCCACUUUCCCACUCACGGUGGAGCAGUUCAUGAAGAAGCACUUGCACAGCCCAUACGAGAUUAACCUGAUGGACGAGCUGACCCUGAAAGGUGUGACCCAGUACUACGCUUUUGUCCAGGAAAGGCAAAAGGUCCACUGCCUAAACACACUCUUCUCAAAGCUGCAAAUCAACCAGUCAAUCAUCUUCUGCAACUCCACUCAGCGGGUGGAGCUCUUGGCCAAGAAGAUAACCGAGCUUGGCUACUCCUGCUACUACAUCCACGCCAAGAUGUCCCAGCAACAUCGUAACCGCGUGUUCCACGACUUCCGCGCUGGCCUCUGCAGGAACCUUGUCUGCUCCGACCUCUUCACGCGAGGCAUAGACAUCCAGGCUGUGAACGUGGUGAUCAACUUUGACUUCCCAAAGAUGGCAGAGACAUAUCUGCACCGCAUUGGCCGAUCCGGCCGCUUUGGCCACCUCGGCAUCGCCAUCAACCUGAUCACCUACGAUGACCGCUUCUCGCUGCACCGCAUAGAGCAAGAGCUGGGCACUGAAAUCAAGCCAAUUCCCAAGGUCAUCGACAAGAACCUCUACGUGGCAGAGCUGCAGCUGGAAGAUGCAGAAGCAAAUGCCAGCAAAUAGGAGCCAAUCACUGUAUUUUUUGUCAUCAGCAUAACUCAUGAUUUUUGUACGUCACUUCCAGAAGACUGUGUUGUGUGCUGUACAGAAGGAAGAAUGUGCAUGGAUGCGUGUGUGGUUGUGUGUGCUGCAAGAAAAAAACUAAAAAAAACAUGGACUGCUGCAAAAUGAAGUUCGUUGAAUGCCUGCAAGUGAACAAGUAUUUAUUACUCCUGGAAGUGCCACCUCAUGUCAUACUUUUUUUUUUUUUCCUCCCAUCGAGCGAGUUGCUGGGAAGCUGAUUGUACAUGGAAAGCCAGCAAGAAUUUUUAGGAACGUAAUUUUUUUUCUUUACAAUUAUGUAAAUUUGUAAGUCUGCAAGAACAAGUUUUUUUCUUUCCCACCUGCCAUGUGGUGCUGCUUUGCCCGCGACAUUGUACAGGACGAUAUUGUGGCUUCCAAGCGCAUUACGAUGGCACAACGAUUACCGCCGCACCGAAGAGACUGUCGCGGCUCUUCAGACUUCGAUGCGAUGCUGGCCAGAGCCAAUGAUGCAAUGGUGAAGACCUCUGUCCCUUCUACUUCUGGUCCAGCGAGACAAGAGACGAGGACAGUGUGUGCAGAGAAAGUCCUCCUCGUGAUGUGCAGUGCGCGUUUUGGACUCUGGACUUUUAUACACCUGUGUGGACUUUACAAGUGAAAGAAUAAGGCAGGGCCUAUGCACUCUCGAUGAGCGGACUAAGGGUUUUUGUGAAUGGCCAUGCAUUUAGCAGGUGUCCUUUUUUUCUUUUUUCCUUCCCUCAUUUUUUUAGUUAGGUUUAUUAACAAGUGGCAGACUGUCGCCAUUGGCUAAAGGCGGAAGCUUUUGAUUCCCCCCAGGAAAAUUGGUACAUGCUGGCAACAAAAAUUUGCUGCAAAAUUUUCAUUUGCUGUGAUCGGUAAUGCACUUAGACUGGCGUAUUGAUAUAAUGGAAGCCAUCGGUAAUGACGAGAAAAUUUUUUUUUCGUUGAUGCAGUUGCCAGCUUCCCGCCCCUUUAGAUUUUGACUUCCAUUCAUGUUGGCUGUGUGUGGAGGUGCCUUUGCAUGGUGAAGCAUGUUUUGACAGCCCACAAACUAAAUGUUAGAGGUUCGUACUGCCUCGUCAAAACCCAGUUUUUGUCACAAGCUGGGAAACGAUGCCUCCAAAUGUUGAAGCACGCGCAUUCAGGCAGGUCUGAAUUUUCAUUUUGCCGAGAACACUUCAUUGUACCCCACCAUUGCAGCGGCAAGCCAUUCCCCCCUCUCUCCUUUUAGGUCUUGUACAAAGUGUAUAUUUGUAAUAUAUGUUCUCAACUGGCUGGCCACCUUGUCUGUUGCAACAAGAUUUUUGGACUCGACACAUUGGGCAGACUGGGUCUUGGCCGGCUCGCACGCAACACGUCCGACUACGUUGCUCACACACAAAUGCUGUGCUGUUCUCCGAUAGUGCACAGUUGCAACACAGAAAUGCCCUCGUGUGUGCUUGCUGCUGCGAUGGUGGCUGUCGCGACAUGCCUGUUUGCGACUGCUUCGACACUCCCCCGAUCACUGCCCCCUUACCCUCGGGGGUUUUUCGGUUCGUGCAGGCGUAAAACACCUUUGCCUGCCUCCUCUCUCAUCCCCCUCUUUCCUUCUAUGCUCCCUCUCAACCCCCCCCCUCUUCCCACUUCCCUCUUAUUGAGCGCGCCGUAGGCGUGCUCGCAAAGUGCCGUAGCCUGCGGGAAGCGUGGACGCUGGGUGAUGUGCGGAUCUUUUGGUAGAACCGCACAGCUUGAAAGUAGCAUAGCCGCAAAAUGUCAUUUGCAACAGUGACCAGAAUGUACCUCCAUCGCUUCGCACAUUGCUCGGAAUCUCUGUGGGCGCCCAAAUUUGUUCGUAGAACCUCGGGUCGUUUGGCCUCCCGGGGUCGCCCAUUGCCAGGCUCCACGCUUCCUCGCCGGGCACACUUGUAACAAGAUUCGUAACGCUAGGCCAAAACAAAUUUUUUCCAAUUUUUCUUUGAUUAUGUCGAGUGGAGGGAUUUGAAUUAAUGUCGUUUUAGCGAUGAUUACAAUUGGGCCCCCUGCAUUGUUUUUUGUCGGUGGCACAUUUUGACGAGAUUGUUCCGGUGAUUUGUUUUUCUAACGACACUUCAUCCCUUUUACUUGAGGUUUAGAUAUGCAAUAUGGCUGUAAAAUGCGAUUGGCCUGAUUCGUUUAUUGGCUCAAGUGAAGACCAUAUCCGUUAAGAAUAUUGUGAUCAGAAUAACACGUGACCUGCCAAAAUAAAA